UGCUGAUACAGCCAGCAAACAACGAUGUUCUUGUUCAGUUUCGGCCAGGAAUCUGAAACGUCGCCGGCGGCCGAAGACAAUGCCGUUUCCUCGCCAUUGGCGCCCUGUAGGCACAUUGCCCUGGACGCAGAUCUUCUUGAAAAACACAUACAAGUAAUCGGGGAAGUUGUCCCAACAAUGGCAGGGAGCUUGCUCAAAAGAAAUGUUGCGGAUAUAAAGUUCGAAAUCGCGGAAACGGAUGAUCUUGAGGAUGGUAACUUAUUGGCGAACGUUGUUGUGUCACAGACGGACUUGAUUCCUGGAGUAUAUGAAGGAGGAUUGAAAACCUGGGAGUGUGCAGUAGACCUGGUCAACUAUCUUGCAUCCUUAGACCCAGCAGAGCUACAUGGGAAGCGAGUCAUAGAGCUGGGGUGUGGAUCCUCAUUACCAGGCAUCUUCUGUCUGACACAGGACGCCGUGGUUGAUUUUCAAGACUACAACGAAGACGUGCUCCGCCUCGUUACCAUCCCAAACGUACUGCUCAACACGACGCAGCGCCCAUCCAACCCACCCACACAUACAUCCGUGACCUUCGAUGCUGAAUUGGACUUCUCAACACUGUCAAAUAUUCCUUCGCGCUUUUGGGCUGGAGAUUGGGGAUCACUGAAGGAAACAUUAGCAACACUUGCCGAAGAUGACAAGUACGACAUUGUCCUCACAUCGGAGACAAUCUACGCAUCCGAGUCACACGCUCGACUACUUGACUUGAUACAAGCCACUCUCAAGACCGAUGGGGUUCUGUUUGUGGCCGCAAAGACGACGUAUUUCGGUUGUUCAGGAUCACUUCCCACAUUUCUGCAUCUCGUACGACAGCGGGGGGCAAGAGAAAUUGGGACGGUGUGGGUUGAGACACAGUCCGUACGGCGAGAAGUCGUACGAAUCCGGUUCUGAACUUGCAAAUAUACAUUAUAAGGAAUGUUUAUAUAUGUAAUUUAUUUUAAGAUAUUUACGACUUUUUAGUAUCG